GGACAUACCAUCAAACACGGACGCACAUAAAUAUUGCAGCUAGAUAUCCCGGGGCGACAGAUUGAACAAGAGUCUUACAGACCAAGAACCUAUUUUCAACUGAUUCACUUGUCGGAUAAGAUGAUCAUUUCGGUUGCCUUUAUUGGUCUGAUGUUGGCCUCCCACCUCCCGCCCUCCGAGGCCGCUUGCAAGCCGAUAUGCACAGGCAGGCCGGAUGGCAGCUUUGUUCCCGAUCCAAACAACUGCCACUAUUACUACAUCUGCCUCAUCAACGACAUAACAGGAGAGUCUGAGCCAACACCUGUCUCCUUCCCUUGUCCGGACGGUGAAGAUUUCGACUCGCACUCCAACUCCUGCAGGAACCCGGGAUCCUCGAACUUCGAGUGCGACAAGUCCUGCUUCCCUUGUCGUUACUACUGUUACGAGAAGGAUAUCAUUGCCGACCCGUGGCAGUGCGGUACCUACUACUACUGCACCGAUGGCAUUCCCUAG